AUGGCACCACCUCUCGAACUCUCCAUUCCCAGCACAAUUCUCUCGAGCGCACCAAACGAAAAACCCUACACACUCUACAAUAUUACCCUUCGUCUCCCUCUCCGUACCUUCGUCGUCCAAAAGCGCUACUCCGACUUCGUUAAUCUCCACUCCUCCCUCUGCGCCCAAGUUCCCAGUCCCCCUCCUGCUCCCCUCCCAAGCAAAACAUGGUUCAAAAGCACGAUCACCUCUCCCGAAUUAACAGAAGACCGUCGUCGCGGCCUCGAAACCUAUUUACGGAGUAUUGCAGAGAAUCCCGAUCGACGAUGGAGAGAAACGAGUAUUUGGCGUCAAUUUCUCAAUCUGCCUAGUAGUAGUGGGAGCGGUGCGAGUCUGAGUAGUGCGCGAGAGGGACUUAUUGCGGCGAGUCAGAGGGGAGUGGGUGGAAAUGCGGAAUUGUUGGCGGAUCCGCAGGUGUGGCUGGAUGUGCAUCGGGAAAUGAAGGCGCAGCUUCAUGAUGCGCGGUUGUUUUUGGGGAGGAGGGAUGCGGCGAAUUCGGCGGCGGGUCAGUAUGAGGCGGGGGCGAAUGCAAAGAGGUGUUUGGUGAAGGCGGGAGGGUUGUUGAGGGAGUUGGAGGAGGGUUUGAGGGUUAUGGGAGAGGGAGAGAAGAAUGGGGUUACUAGGGGGGAGGGGAGGGUUGGGACGGGCGAACUUAGGAGGAGGAGGGAUCUUUUGGGGAGUGCGAAGGUGGAGAAGGAGGGCUUGGAAAAAUUGGCUGUUACGUUAGCGGUCAAGAACCAAGCAAGUUCGAGCUCCGGAAAUGGCAAUGCGGCGGCGACACAAGCGGAUAAAAGCGCAUUAUUUGGACCAGGAGUCUCGCGACCCAGUGGACGAGUCCUCGGCGCACCGGUUCCUGAAACAGAUAAAACGAAAGAAUUGGAUAACGAGGGUGUAUUACAAUUACAAAAAGAAUUGAUGCAGGAUCAAGAUAUGGAUGUGGAAGAGCUAGGCAAAAUUGUGAGGAGACAGAGGGAAAUGGGAUUGGCGAUUCAUGGGGAAUUGGAAUUGCAGAAUGAGAUGUUGAAGAGGGUGGAUGAGGAUUCUGACAGAGUUAAGGGGAAGCUUGACAUUGCGAAGAAGAGAAUUGGUAAGAUUCGUUAG